AUGGGACCGGAGUUUCAAAUUCCUCAGACCAACUUUGGGUGGCAGCUGAACUCAGUCAACUGGCCACUUGUCUUCCUGUCGGGAAUCUUCUUGUUCACUCGCAUAUAUCUAAAGGUCUCACAACGUCGAGAUCUAUGGUGGGACGACCAUUUCCUGAUUCUAUCAUGGGUCACGUUGGCCGUCCAAUCCGCGCUAUGGUCCGUCAUGAUCGAUCUCGGAUAUGGAAAGGACUUUAGGCUUAUCCCAAUCCAAAACCUCGACAAGAUGGCGCUGCUCCUCAACGUCGCCUCCACCCUCCUCAUCCUCGCCAACCUCUGGGCCAAGACCUCGUUCGCCAUCACCCUCCUCCGCUUCCCCCACCGGGGGACGAAAUACGUCGUGUGGUUCAUCAUCGUGUUCAUGACCGUGUUCCUCGGCAUGAGCGCCGUCUUCGUAUGGUUCCAGUGCUUCGUCCCCGGCCAGGAGACGAACCCCACCUCUGGGUUCCGGUGUCUCCCGGGCAAUAUGGGAACCAACUACUCAAUCUUCGCAGGGUCAUAUUCAGCAGCCAUGGACUUUACGCUGGCGGUCCUCCCCUGGAGGUUUCUCUGGACGCUCCAAAUAAAAAGAAGCGAGAAGAUCGGCGUCACGUUUGCCAUGAGCAUGGGUGUAUUUGCCGGAAUAACAGCCAUAAUAAAGACCACGCUCUUCCCCGACCUCGGGGUCAGCAUCAUGGCCGGCCUCCAAGUAAUAGCCUGGGGCGCCGUCGAGACCGCCGUCUCCAUAAUGGCGGCCUCGAUCCCGAUCCUGCGCGCCCUGGUCCGCCAGAACACGUCGAUGCCGCAGAUGGGCUACGACUCGUACGGCAUGGGCAGCGACGACGACGACCCGACCCGGACGGCGCAGGCGAGGCCGACCGCCGCCAACGCCGCGGCGCUGUCGAGGUCGAGGAGCCUGCGCGCGGCGGCGGCACCGAUAGCUGGUGGGGUUAAGGGGAGGGAGAAGGAGACGAUGGGUGGGGGUGGGGGUGGGGGUGGGAGGAAGAUGGGGGGGGAUGAUCUUGAGGGCGGGUAUGAGAUGACUAGCUUCGGUGUUGAGGCACGGCCGGUUGAUUUUACGGCUUAG